AUGCAGCUCACCACCUGUCUUUCUCUAGUUCUCGGCUUUCUUGUGACGAGCUCCUCUGCUGUCACUGUCCAACGUGUACAACUGGAUAUUGUCAACUCUGAGAUCUCUCCUGACGGCUUUCAACGCGAAACCGUUCUUGCCAACGGGACACACCCUGGACCUCUCAUAUCCGGCAACAAAGGAGACAUCUUCCAAAUCAAUGUCAAUGACCAGCUGACGGAUACGACCGGUCUGGACACUCAGACUUCCAUCCACUGGCAUGGAAUUAGACAAUACAGAACCAACCCGUACGAUGGUGUCGCAUUCGUGACCCAAUGUCCAAUCUCCUCAGACAAUUCAUUCCUUUAUAAUUUCACGGUCAAUGACCAGGCGGGCACCUUCUGGUAUCACUCGCACUUCUCGAACCAGUACUGUGAUGGCCUCAGGGGACCGAUGGUAAUAUACGAUCCCGAGGAUCCCUAUGCUAAUCUCUACGAUAUCGACAAUGCAAGCACUAUAAUCACUCUUGCCGACUGGUACCAUUAUCUAUCAGACGACGCUCCUCCCGGUGCUCCCAAUCCUGCCACUGUCUUGAUCAAUGGCGUCGGUCGCCAACUGGGAGACGAUUCCUUAGCCCUUGCGGUUGUUAGCGUCACCCAGGGAAGGCGCUAUCGCUUCCGUUUGGUAUCAAUCUCGUGCGACACCGCCUUCAAUUUCAGCAUUGAUGGACAUCAGUUUACUAUCAUCGAAGCGGAUGGGAACAACGUCGAGCCCGUGCUGGUUGACUCGAUCCCGAUUUACGCCGCCCAGCGAUACUCUUUCGUCCUGAAUGCAAGCCAGAACGUCGAUAACUACAGGAUUCGAGCUGCUCCCGAUAUCGGGCUCACCAGUGGAACGUUCGCAAAUGGUGUCAAUUCUGCCAUUCUUCGUUACACCGGAGCUCCAAGCAUUGAGCCAGUCACGAACGAAACUGUCUCCCUCCUGCAAUUGAAUGAGACCGACCUGCACGCGCUGGAGAACCCUCAAGCGCCUGGAAAUCCAGGACUAGGGAACGUCGAUCGUCCGUACGACCUUACCGUUCUUUUCAAUGGUAAUGUUAAUACCAGCGUUCCGGCCAACUUCACCGUCAACGGUACCUCGUGGGAAGCCCCAGGCGUACCAGUCCUUCUUCAGAUCCUCAGUGGCGCUCAACGUGCUCAGGAUCUUUUGCCGUCCGGGAGCAUCUACCCUAUCAACGCCAAUGACACUGUAGAAAUCAUCUUACCUGGCGUUGCAGGAGCAGGCACAAACCAUCCUGUCCAUCUUCACGGGCACGCCUUCUCCGUCGUCAAGAGUGCUGGAAGUUCGGCAUAUAACUACGAUAAUCCUGUUCGACGUGACGUUGUGAACAUCGGGCAAGAACCCUCCGAUAUCACGGUCAUUCGCUUCCAGGCCGAUAACCCCGGUCCUUGGUUCAUCCAUUGCCACAUCGACUGGCAUCUCACAGCCGGCUUUGCAGCCGUGUUCGCGGAGGACGUACCCGAUGUACCAGCUGAUGACCCUACUUCAGAUGCAUGGCAGAAUCUUUGCCCUGUUUAUAACAACACGUACGGCAAUGCUCCGCCACCAGCGCUCAAGUCGAUUGGGCCAGUCACACAGGUCGCCCCAACCCCUUCUGUCACUCUUUUACCCAGUUCAGUAUCGGUGUAUUCCGGAACACCUUCCUUCACUGUUACUGCUACAUCCUCGGCCACAGUUCUUCCGAUUACUUCGGCGGCCUAUUAGAGCUAUUAUUGAGCUCGUUCCGAGACAUAAUUAUAGUUCUCGAUGGACAUAUACACGUACUUUCUUUUACUGAACACUUCCUAUAAUCUCUCAGGACUAGUAUAUAUAUAAUCCUCUUAUGGCGUUCUUUUAUAGUCGUUCUCUACUAGGGAUAGCACCCACAGCUUUCUUGCAC